AUGGCCGAAUCCCUUCCCCAAACCUACGACGACCUCCCCGACAAGCGGCGCUACUGGCCCGCAGCCCCCAACUCCGCCGACGAGGGCCUGGGGAUGCUCCGUCUCCUCACCCCAGAAGUGGUCGCCAACGCAGCACGCACCCAAAUUCAGACUGGCGAGCGCGUAUGCCUCAACUGGGACCUGGAGAAGCUGAACCCACCAGGUAAUCCCCUCCUUCCAACCCAUCCUCUAUCGCCAACUAACCUAAACACAGGCUUCGGCCGCAAACCCUUCGCCCACCAGGUUAAAUGGGUCAGCGAAGGCCACGCCUUCGACGACGAGUACCACUUCAACCCACAGCAAUCCUCCCAAUGGGACGGCCUACGACACCACAAUGCCCCAGCCCCAACACCCGACGACCCUGACCGCCGCGUCUUCUACGGCGGCACCACCUCCACCGAGAUCCUCGACCCGUCCUCAGCUCGCAUCGGCAUAGCCCACUGGGCCAAGAAGGGCAUCGCCGGCCGUGGCGUCCUCAUCGACUACGCGUCCUACAUCCAGCGAACCAAGGGCAUAACAGUAAACGCCCUAACCCGGCACACCGUCUCCCUGGACGACGUCCUCACCAUCGCGAAAGAAUGCAACAUCACCUUCCAGCCAGGCGACAUUCUCUUCUUGCGUGUCGGCCUGCCCACCACAUGGGAUAACAUGUCCGAUGACGAGAAGGUCAAAUACAGUCAACAGGAAAUGCCUCAGCAUGCAGGGUUAGAGCAGAGUGAGCGCGUGGUGCGGUUCCUCUGGGACCAGCAUUUCGCGGCUGUGGCGGGUGAUGCGGUCAGCUUCGAGGUGUAUCCGCCUGUAGAGAAGGAGUGGGAUUUGCAUCAUUUUCUGUUGGCCGGGUGGGGAGUGCCGAUUGGGGAGAUGUUUGAUCUGGAGGGGUUGAAGGAGGUUUGUGAGAGGUUGGGCAGGUGGACGUUUUUCGUUAGUUCGAGUCCGUUGAAUUGUAAAACGGGGGUGUCGAGUCCGCCAAAUUGUAUGGCUAUCUUUUAG